AUGUCAAGAAUUAUCAUAAAGAAUUUGCCAACAAAUGUAUCUACAGAUAAAUUAAAAGAAAAAUUCAGUGAAUUUGGUAGAAUUACGGAUGUUCAGCUAAAAUAUACUUCUGAUGGAAAGUUUAGAAAUUUCGCUUUUAUUGGUUUUGAAACUGAAGAAGAAGCUAGCAAUGCUAUUGCAGCAUUAGACAAAAGUUUUAUUGGAACUCAUCGAAUUCAAGUUGAGACAUGUGCUGGAUUAGGUGGCAGUAAUAAACCUAAAGCUUGGAGUAAAUAUGCACCCGACAGCUCAGCAUAUAAAAAAAUACAUGGAAAACAGUUCGAAAAUAUUAAUAAUAUCUUAGAUGAAAUUUCAACUAAGAAAAAGAAAAAAAAUAUUAAACCAGAAAUUAUUGAAUCUUUAAAAAAGCAUUUAGAAGAUCCACAGUUUUUGGAAUAUCUUGAUGUUUGUGGGAAGAAAAAUUUAAUUACAAGAAUUAUUAAAGAUCAUGUCGAACCAGAAACUGAACAAGAAAAUUCUGUGCAAAAUCAUAAUCUAGAAAUAAAGAAAGAAGAUGAAAAAGAACAAGAUAAAACUAAGUCAGCUGCUUUUUCUUCUUUAUCUGAUUUAGAGUAUUUGAAACUAAAAACCAAAGGAAUCUCCUCUGUAAAUGAAGUUCCCAUCAGCUGUAGUGAAGAUAAAUCUGAACCAAAAAUAAAGUUAUUCAACAUCAAAAUUACUAAUUUACCAUUUAAAACAAAGAAAAAGGAUAUUAAAGAACUUUUAAACCCUUUGGUACCAGCAUCUAUUAGGUUCAUUGGAAACGUCAAAGGAGUUGCUUAUGUAGGAUUUCAAACUGAAAAAGAAUUGAGACAAGCUAUGGUUAAAAAUAAAACUUUCUUGAGUGGCAAACAAUUAUUGUUCCGUAAAGUUGAAGAAAAAAUCCAAUCUAAAAAACCAGACAAGUGGAAAAAACAAGAAGAAUCUCUGAAAAAUGAGGAGUCUAUCGCUGAGUCAGGAAGAGUUUUUGUCAGAAAUUUACCAUACUCAGUGAAGGAAGAAGAAUUAGAAUCCUUGUUUUCAACUUUUGGACCUAUUACAGAAGUAAUAGUUCCAGUUGACAAAAUUUCCCGGCAAGUUAGAGGUUAUGGUAUUGUAACCUUUCUGAUGCCUGAACAUGCUGUAGCAGCUUAUUGCAAAUUAGAUGGAACUGUUUUUCAUGGUAGGAUGUUGCAUUUACUUCCUGGAAAAGCAAAAGAAGAUGAAAAAGACUUAGAUGUUGAUGCGCCUUACAAAUCAAAAAAGGAAAAGAAACUUAAAGCAUCUGCAGGUUCUUCUCAUAACUGGAACACUUUGUUUUUAGAUCUUAAUGCAGUGGCUGAAGUUAUUGCAGGAAAAUAUGAAUGUACUAAGGAAGAAGUUUUGACUAGAAAAAAUGCAGCUGUAAAAUUAGCUUUAGGAGAAACUCAACUGGUUAAUGAAACGAGGCAGUUUCUGGAGGAUAAUGGAGUAUUGCUUGAUGCAUUCAAUCAGGAAGUUAAAACUAGGUCCAAAACAGUUAUUCUUGUAAAGAAUUUGCCUGCAAAGACUACUGCUGCUGAAAUCAGAAAGAUGUUUGCUAAAUAUGGAGAACUUGGAAGAAUAAUUUUACCUCCAACUGGGGUUACUGGUAUUGUCGAAUUCUUAGAACCUUCAGAGGCUCGAAAUGCAUUUAAACAACUUGCCUAUACGAAGUUCAAACAUCUUCCCCUAUACUUAGAGUGGGCUCCUAAUAAUACAUUUCAUAAAUCUAAUGAAGAAUCUGAAGAAAAGAUUAAUGAUUCGACCAUCAAAGUUGAGAGUAGUGAUGAUAAAAAUGUGAAAGAAGAAUCAAAAGAUGAUAUAAAAGUUCUUAAGAAGGAGGCUGAUGAUGAAGAGGACAUUGUACCUGAACCUAACACCACUUUAUUUGUUAAAAAUCUCAAUUUUGAAACUACUGAUGAAAGUUUAAAGCAGCAUUUCAGUAGUUGUGGGAAGAUUGCUAGUGCCCAAGUUUCAAAGAAAAAAGAUGCACGAAAUCCUGGAAAAUUGUUAUCUAUGGGUUAUGGUUUUGUUCAAUAUUAUCAACAAUCCUCAGUUGUUGAAGCGCUAAAAAACCUCCAAGGCUCUAAACUAGAUGGCCAUGCUUUGGAACUAAAACGUUCUAACAGGACAUUAAGUUCUGAAGCUGUAUUUACCCGAAAAAAGACCAAUCUUCAGUCACAGACUGGAAGUAAGAUCAUUGUGCGAAAUAUCCCAUUUCAAGCAACAAUUAAAGAAAUUGGAGAUCUUUUCAGAACUUAUGGAGAACUCAAAUUUGUCCGCUUACCUAAGAAAUUGGUUGGUACUGGACCUCAUAGAGGAUUUGGUUUUGUUGAAUAUUUAAGCAAACAUGAUGCUAAACGAGCUAUGAAGGCAUUAUGCCAAAGUACUCAUUUGUAUGGUCGUCGUCUCGUUCUGGAAUGGGCAAAUGAAGAUGAAGGUAUUAAUGAAUUGCGAAAGAGGACAGCUCAGCAUUUCCAUUCUGAUACAACUGAUAACAAUCACAAGAAAGCUAGGGCUGAUAUACCCAUUGAAGGUGAAGAAGAAGAGCAAGAAAUGUUAAUAGAUUUUUAA